GUAGAGCAUGCGCAAGGACGUUGAACAAUAGGCGCUAUUAGGCAUUGGUCCUGCGCGACCAUGCACAUGAAAUUCAGGCCUGUGAUUCUGGUGGUGCUUCCGGUGGCACUUCUUGGAGUGUUUCUGACUCAUCAUCAGCUGAGCCCUUUGCGCCAAUUCAUUUGCAUUCCUGCUGCCGCGACAGCGGCCUCUUUGAGUUGGGAGCUUUCAGGUGUCAUUGAUCGUUUCGGCGGGGCUCGACAAUAUUUCGUUGGAUUGUGUAACAGGAGCUACACAAUUCCGGAUCUGUACGAUGUGUUUACAGCUCAUUCAAUUGAGUGGGCAAUUUUGGGGAAGAAGGAUCCUUGGUGGAGCGUCAUUUCGGCCGAUGAAUUCAGAGGGAAAGUGGACCUUCCGGCGGAACAAAAGCAGCGCUUCUACGACAGCGGGAAGAUUCAUCGUGAUAUGAUUCUUCAAGAUAUACAAGUGAAUGGGAGCAGGCCAUUGGACAAUCGUUCAAUUUCUGUCCUGGACUUUGGCUGCGGUGUUGGACGCUUGGGCAUGGCCUUCGCCAGGACUUUUGCAGAAGUGACCUGUGUGGAUCAAAGCGUGUUCCAUUUGGAAAUCGCAAAGAAAGAGUGGCAGAUUCAGAAAGAAAGCGACUCGGAAGCUCGAACGUUCGGGCAGCUGAAUCUGAAAAUGUCUGGGCCCGAUUUGCUGGCUGCAGUGGCUGCAAAAAGAUUUGAUUUUGUGUAUUCCCUGAUUGUAUUGCAACACAUGAUUUCACCUCUACAAAUUGUCUAUUUGGAACAACUGUGCGACAUAUUGAAACCUGGAGGCCAAGGCUGGGUUCACAUUCCCACCCUGAUUCCAAGAGGUUUGGCCUCCAGACCCUGUGACGUGCAGCUCUCCAAGAAGCAAGGCGGAAUCCAGAUGUAUCAUACUCCAAAGGUUUUUCUCGAAGAAAGCUUCAGAUCUCGAGGGUGCAAUGUCACCGUGCUGGAGAGGGGCGGCAUUUGGAUCAAUCCAAGCUCGACGUCCGGCAUCAUCUUAUUCAACAAGCCGUCACAUGCAGCAUCUCUUGAGUGACCCAGAAUGACCCGUUGGAGUUCGGAGAAGGAGGAUUGGUGCGAUGUCAUUUUCUGUUUGAUUUGCAGCAACCUUUGGGUGUAUCCCACCUGCCCGCAACCCGGAUCACUCUGAAAGAGAACGUUUCACUGUGGCUUCCAGAGGUGGACAGUGGGAGUUCUGUGGACGUAACAAUAGUGUUUGAAUGACCCGAAAAGGAAUUUCCUUUGGUGGUGCG